GCGCCGAUAGCGCGGGCGGGCGGGCGGCGCUGCGCUCCGCUCCGGGCUAAAAACAGCCGCCUCCUAAUAAAGCCACAGGGCCGGGACGCCGCUGCCGGCCCUGCGCGCCCUAUAAAGCCGCUCCCCGCCGGCCGCCCGCGCUUUGGCCGCUCCCGCCCUGCAGCAGGCGAUCGGCGGCAGCGAGACGCCAGAGAGGCCGCUCCGGCUCCGGCGAGAUGCCCCGUGUAGACGCAGAUCUCAAGCUGGACUUUAAAGAUGUCCUGCUCAGACCCAAGAGAAGCAGCCUCAAAAGCCGAUCAGAGAAUACAGAGUGAAAUCCUUAUCCUACAGAAUUCGGUGGAAAUUUUAUCAGACUUCAGUGGAAAUUUACUGUUGAGCUUAAGAGGCAACAAACUGGUAGAUCUCGUGCGUUCCUUCACGUUCCGCAACUCUAAGCAAAGCUAUACUGGGAUCCCCAUUAUCGUGGCGAACAUGGACACUGUGGGCACGUUUGAGAUGGCAGAGGUUAUGACUAAACAUUCAAUGUUUACUGCUAUUCACAAGCAUUAUUCUCUAGAAGACUGGAAAUUGUUUGCAGCCAAUCACCCAGAAUGCCUUGAGCAUGUAGCCGUGAGUUCAGGCAGUGGACAGUCUGACUUGGAGAGAUUGACAAGUAUCAUAGAGGCCAUUCCACUGAUCACAUACAUUUGCCUGGAUGUGGCCAAUGGCUAUUCGGAGCACUUUGUGGAAUUUGUGAAAAAUGUCCGUGCCAAGUUUCCAAGUCACACCAUUAUGGCAGGUAAUGUGGUGACAGGAGAGAUGGUGGAAGAACUUAUUCUUUCUGGAGCAGACAUUAUUAAAGUUGGUAUUGGGCCCGGUUCUGUAUGCACUACCAGGAUUAAGACAGGUGUGGGCUACCCUCAGCUGAGCGCUGUGAUCGAGUGUGCAGACUCAGCCCAUGGCCUGAAGGGGCAUAUCAUUUCAGAUGGAGGCUGCAGCUGUCCAGGAGAUGUCGCUAAAGCAUUUGGAGCUGGUGCAGAUUUUGUCAUGCUUGGGGGGAUGUUUGCAGGCCAUGAUCAAUGUGCUGGAGAGAUCAUGGAAAAAAAUGGAAGGAAGGUGAAGCUGUUCUACGGGAUGAGCUCGGAUACAGCUAUGAAGAAGCAUUCAGGAGGAGUUGCUGAAUACAGGGCUUCGGAAGGCAAGACCGUGGAAGUGCCUUACAGAGGGGAUGUGGAAAACACCAUUCUGGACAUCCUGGGCGGGCUGCGCUCCACUUGCACGUACGUGGGAGCUGCCAAGCUCAAAGAGCUAUCCCGAAGGACAACUUUUAUCCGAGUCACCCAGCAGCAUAACCAGGUGUUUUCUUAGCCAUGGACUGGGGGGACUGUGCAGUAGUCCUGUCACCUCUCCUUUUUCUCUUCUACCAGGUUUUUUAUUACAGCUUUGCAGUGGCAAAUUCCCCAGGGCUGUGGAAUUGGCUGGAGGGGAGGUGGGGCGGGGUAAUUGCUGCUGUAGGUAGGAUUGAAGAGGAGAAGGGUGUGCCUUCAGACACAGCACCAUACAGAUUUUUUGGUUCAAGAUGCAAUAGCCUCAUCUUUUAAAGCCAUGUCUAUUGUUUUGUUUUGUUUUACUUUAGGUUCUCCCUGCCCCUUCCCCUUUCAUUUUUUCUCCGAAAAUAGCUACCAAAGCCUCCAUUUGCAAAGGAUGAGCUUGUACAGACUAGGUUUGUAUUGGUCAUACUGGCCACUACAACCAGUGGUACUUGUUUUAAGAACAUCCUCCCAACUUUUAAUGUUGACUGGCCAAGUUGGCACUGCUACAGCUGUACAGCAGAGAGAAACUGCAGACUGAGAAGGCAGAGGGGUGCAGAGGGUCAGUUUGCAUAAUCAGAAAUUAAAGCCAUGCUUCUUGACCAUUGAAGUUUGCUGCUGGGGUCCCAGCCCUUGGGGAACAAAUUGGAGUGACGGCUCUGUGGACCAGGGUUGCUGCUGCAUUUUCACUGUGAUGUUAAAGACACUGGAUCUAUAGCACUGUUGGUUCAUGUGCCUUUCGGGGGUUUUUUCUUUAAAUCAACAUCUUCAGAUUUGCCUCUUCAGAUGCUGGCGUGUUCUUGCUUUACCCUUACCUCCAAGGGAAGCAUUUAAAAAUAUAUAUAAUUUAAGUGUGCCUUUUUUGUUUGACACAUGCAGUCAUUACAUUCUUCGGGCCUGCCUCUGCAAACAAGUUAUUUUAAGGUAUAGAAACCUUCCCAGUAAGUGAGCCCAGGGAGCUGGCUUCUUCACAGCCUCAUGCAGGACUUUGUGCAGUGACUUAAACCUACACAAAUGGACCGGGACUUUGUGCCCACUUAUCUACCUGUUGUGCAAGGCUUCUGUGGGUAUGUGUACGCCACAUUGCUGAUGCUCCCAGGAAGGGUUUUCCUUCCCGCCUGCUGCGGCUUGUAGCAUCAAACCCAGAAACAUGCCAGGGAAGUAACUCUUGGACAUCCCUCCAAGAGCUGCAGUCGUGACCCAUUUCCUUGAGAACAGCUUUCCCACCUCAUUUCCAAGCUUGAUAUGCAUGUGCAGGUGGGAGUAGCAGGCAGGCUGUGCUCAAGGGUGGCCUUCUCUAAGCACUGCAGAGACAUGGUGUAGAAGUGUCCCCUGCAUCAUGCUGGAGUGGCCGAAUUCACUUCUUUAUUACACUGCUGCCACUCUUUGAAAGGCACUGGCCUAAUUAAGAGCAAAAAUUGGCCCCGAGCAGAAUCACAAAAGACUUAAUUGCAAGAAGCCAGUAGUCUGAUCCUGAGCAAAAGCAGGUGCUAUGAAGGCAAUAAUGAAUAUUUUAGACUCUGGAUAACACUCUAAUAAACUGUAAUGGUAUGCUAAUUAAUUGAUAAAUCUCAAUGAAAGUUCUUUUGAAGUACACAUUGCCUCCACACAAAUACCACAGUAGUUCAUUAUGAUAAAUGUUAUUAGAGUGGAUACCAAUGAAUUAAUAAUAACCAGCCACUUAUUUUAAAGACUCACUGAGAUAACAAUACAAAUGGAAACUGAAGUAACUUCAGAGCCUUUUCCCCCUCCUGUAAGUACCUGUGGAAAGAUAGAGGCCUCCUUUGAAAAGCAAAACUGUGGAAAAGGAGCAUAGGGGAAAACAAAUGGAAUUAAUCUGGCAAUUCUUUAUUGUUUCAAAUUAAAAAAGGAGUCUGUACAAGUGAGCGUGCUAAGGAACACAUUUCAUCCACAAGCUGGACCCUGUUGAUUGUAAUUUGGUUUUGCAUAGUAGAAAAAGCAUGAAAGAUCUUUCCAAGAGACUGAAGGCAGGUGCUUUACAAAAAUAUUUUAAAGUUUGUGGGCCUGUUUUUCAUUUAAUUGCUCUGCUCAAGGCUGGUAAAGGGUCCUUAACAUGGGGAUGUUUUUCAUUGACUUGAAGGUCCAUUCACACUGCCAGAAUGGUGUUAAGGUACUUAAGUGUGAAUGAUACUCAGGUCCUAUAAAUAAAAUACCCAAUAUUAGUUCCCUCUGACAUUUCCUUUUCUAUCAGAGCUGGAGGAACCAUAGAAAGGCAGAUGAAUGGCUUCAUUACUAUAAAUAAAACUGCUGUGGGCCAAAUGCAGUUCUCAUUUGUGCAGAUGUAAACCCCAGCGUAAUGCUACUAAAAUAAGUGACAUCACUCGGAAUUGACAUGGGUAUAACUAAAGGCAGAAUAUGUUCCCCCCUUCAUGCCUCAUGUAAAGGUACUUGCAUAAUGGUAAAGCAAAACCACUGUGAGGCAUAAGGAUGUGUUGCAUGUAUAUCCAUAUUUCCAUUCUACUGCUUUCACACUCGGGAAGUGCAGCAGUCCACUAGACUCUCACUUGUUGCUGUUGCUUCUGUACUUUUUCUGGCUACCUUCAUCAAUGAAAUUUAAAAGAACUAAACAGUUUGUAAUUUUUUUCAGCAAUCACUCAUUUAAAAAAUAGCUGCUUACUAUACAUUUUAGAACAGCUUUCCAAAGCCAUGCUGAACUGCCUGUGGCCUGGCUCUUCUCCAAACAGGUUUCAAGUGGGAGAUAUGUUCCACUCACUUCAGCCUCAUGUUUGCAAAGGUGUAAACCAGUAGUUCUCAACCUCUUUUUUCCACAACCAGCUGCUGGGAGUGGAGUGCGGCGGUGGCGGUGGCCUGGGGGUGGGGGAGCUCCCAGCAGACAGUGUGACUUGUCUUUUGUGUGCAGUGCCACUAGCACUGCCCCCGCAACCCUUGUUUGGGUCAUGACCUGGGGUUGGGAACUGCUGGUGUAAACAAAGGCUAGGGGAGAAUUAAGUCCUAUAUUUUUUUAGAAGCCAGUUGUAUCCUACAGGUUGUAGAUUGCCAUGGAAUUACUUGGAGUCAAUGAUAUCACCUUGAAUUUUUUUUCAUGGCAUACUUUACUGACUUUUGGAUGUGCACUGGUUUCCAUGGCAAGAGACAUAAGCAACAGAUGGCAGGCAGCCCCAAAGAGGUUAACUGGCUACAUCUCAUCCUGUGAUAUUAUACCAGUUGCCUGUCAAGUGGAAACCUUCAGUGAAUCAACUGCCUUCAUUUAGGGUGCCUCUUAUGAAUAUAUGUGCACGCACACAUACACAUUUCCAAGUGGAACAAAGAAAUUAGCGUGAGCCUCACUGUGGGACCACUUCUGUGAAGAGAUAGGUCCCUUCAACCUCCCUAGCAUCCAGCCCCUCCUCCCCCCACUCAAGUUAGAAGCCAGUCCUCAUUGACUUAAGUAGUACUUCACCCCGCAGGAUUAGACCACCCAAAAAAGACUGUAUUAGAACUGCUCACAAACUCAUGUACCAUUCAUAGAGCUACCUCACCUCACCACCUCUCCAUUUCCUAGUGUCCUUCUGCAGGGAAUGUCUUUGCGAUGCCUUAUUGCUGUGCUGCUAUGCAUGAAUGGCUAUCAUUCAGCUUCCAAAAAACGAAUACCCGGCACUUUGCAGGUGUCCUAAGCAGUAGCUGUCCCUUGAAUUGGGCCAAAAUCCCACUUGCUUUCCUCACCCUUGCAACUUCACCAAGUUUAAAGCACCAGCACGAUGUCACAGUCUGGCUCAUGGACUCAUCAAGGUGUAGUUAACAUGGUACAUUCCUAUAAAAAGAAAGGUGGAUUUCAAGUAGUUAAUAUAUUUGUGUUAGCAGCUUUGGUCAGCAUAGAAUACAUUUAAAGCUGAAGCAUAAGCACCUCUGCUUCUUCCAUUGCAGCUGUGACAGUAAGUCACAGUAAGGCCAGGAAGUAGUCUGUAGGCUGCAAGGCCUACCUCACAGCCCCUAGGGGUUGCAUGCAGCCAAUUCGAAGGAUAUGGUCCAUCAGCAUACUGAGCUACCCGGUGACCGAGCCCACAGUAACCCUAGGGUUAUGCCAGUAGGCACGUCAUGUUUGACAUGGUUCUCGCACUAAGUGCUGGAUUUAACCCACUUUGUUGUCAGGGAUUAUCAGCAGGGACAGGUCUAGUACAGCUGUAGCUUGGGAGAAGUUUUGGUGCAAGGAAUAUGCCUGCUCAGUCAUUUCCUCAGUUCUGUCAGGGAUGGGACAAGUAAGAGCAUUCUCUGUCCUCCCCAAGAUAAAUCCUGAAACCGCAACUGGAUAUGUUUUUAUCCGUGGGCACUUGCUUAUGAUCUCAGAACACCUGCUUAGCCUAAUUCCCUUGCUUUCCCAACCAUUUUGCCUUGGUCUAGCCCCGUGGACUUCUGUAGUCACUCCUGUCUGUUGCCAGUGUAAGUGCUCAAUCAGCCCCUUCCCCUUGCCUCUGACACCCUGGUAAACCAAAUCCUGUGCUCUUGAAGCAAGUGGGAAUUUGGCAACUCGCUUCAGAGUGCACAGGAUUUGGCCUUCCUUGUGUAGAAGGGGAAAAUAAGGCCUAGGAGUAAUUGUUUGCUUGCACCUACAUACUUCUAUGGCCAGCCAGCUGUGAAAGGUGCUUGUUUGCCUUGUUUGGAAGUGAUGUGUUUUGGGGUUUGUUUGUUUUUUUGAGGUUGAUUAGUUAAGUGUUUUGAAUUUGUUGUGGUACUACCUGUCACGUGACUUUUGUGCCAGAAGUGUCCUAGUCAAUACUGUCCGAUGUCAACACAGUUUAAUUAUGUCUCCUCUUAGACGUCAUUCUUUUUUGAAUACAUCCACACAUUUAGGCCUGUCCUCUGGUUGUGACUCCACAGCGUCAACCGAUACACUGCUUACCUGGAUAAAGCUGCCAAACGUAAAUAAUUCAGAAGCCAACAUUCCUUUGUGAAAUGUAAUGUCUGUGAUAAUCUUAAAAGACCACACGUACUCAGUCAAGCAGCAUGAAUGGACUUUAAACGUUUUCAUGCCUCCUGUAGGCCAUCACUGAGAUGAUUGUGUCAGAUACCGUCUUUCUCCAUUUGUAGCAAAGCCAUGUGCAGAAUGCAUUCUGUCUCAAAGAGCUUGCAUGUUUAAAGUGAUCAUUUGUUGUAUACUGGCUGUUCUGUUAUGAAAUAAACCACUGUUGGUCCAGAAAGGGUUAUGUGCUGUAAAGGGAAUGUAUAAACCUGUGUGUAUCAUAUAUUAUGGAUAAAAGCAAACUCUAUAAAAACUUAUUGCUGGGGUUAAAACUUGAAGGGAGAAAAAUUAAAUGGAUAAAUUGCUGUUUCAUAGGAAAACUGUCUCUCUUGCUUUCUUAACUCAUAAAGACAAAGGCACAGGUUUGCAAUUGGCACUGUUAUUUUAUUAGUACGAGUAUACUGAAACAAUAAACUUGUACUGGUAUACAGACAAUUUCUUUAAAACAAUUUUGUUCAAAUUUUGAAUCAAACAUUGUUUUAUUAUAAUAAUGAAAUAAUUUCUACCUAGAAAACCUGCAAGCACCAUCAAAGAAAGGGACCAUAAAAUUCAAUAAACAGACGCGAGUGUAUCCUACAAAUAGACACACCACCAUUAGAAAAUAGAAUAUGAAUUCUUCCAUUUUUUUAAUAUUUGUUUUAAAAAAGCUAGUGCAAGUACAAUAUUUUACACUGGAAUUACAGAGAGUAUGCACGCAUAUGGAAAAAAGUUCUCCUGUCACAAUAAAAGCUCUUAACUAUGUCUGUAUGCACUUAAAACUUUCUCCUCUUUUCAAUAAGGUGCAAAACAUUCCCUCCCUAGCUUGUUUGUACUGGCCAUGUCAUCUCAACUUCUCACCAACACAAAGCUGCAUUAUCCCUUUUACUCAGCCUACACUAGGCACAACACUGGAAGUGUGAUUUGCAGCACCCCUCGGUAGAAACACCGAACAAUGAAAAUCUUGAAGACUCUUAAAUGGAGAAUGGCUUAAGCCUACCUCUGAGAGGACUCUCCUUGAGGGCCUUUGUGAACUUGCCAGUCUGAGGUGGCUGGCUGUCAAGACCUGUGACAUAGCUAGUACAAAAUUAUUUUCAGUAGAUCACAUGAACUGAAGAGGUUAGGAAAUCCCCUUUAUUUAAACACUGCAGAGAAAACAGUGUUCGCAACAUUAAUAUAUUAUUUUAAAAUAAAAAAGACAAAGCAAAAAUACAUACAUUAGUGAGUUUCAGCAUGAGCUGACUGUCUGUGAAAAGCUAUACCUGUGCUCUAAGAGAUUAGUAGCUUUGCUAGGUAGCCAGUCUAAAGGCCAAAUAGAAGACAUGAAUUCAGCCACUUGCAGCCAUUCUGGGCCCAUUUUUGUCCUUCCUUACUUAAAUUCAUUGCCUGCUGACUUCCAAGGGAGUUGCAUGUGUAUAUACAAAAGCAAAAUCACUGGGUCCUUUAGAGCAAAUGCCUAAGGCCAGGCCUUCACACAGUGCACACUGGCAGAGCUGCAACAGCUGCCAAACCAAUGGACCCACACCCGCUUUAUAUCCAUUGAAGAUGUGGCCCUUAAUGUUUUAGCUUGUCAACCACCAAGUAGUACAGCAAUAACAGCUUCCAGGAGUCACUAAAGAUGAGUGCGGACAACACUUCCAAUGCACGCCUACUGCACGGUCAAGGGAAAGGGUGCAGGAGCUUUGACCACUCAAAAUAGAAACGAAUGAAUGAACAAACAAAAACUAAAAUGAAAUCAACCCCACAAUCUUAGAUGAAGCCUCCAAUCAAUUCUCCAUGGAAGACUUAAGUCCUUUAAGAUGAUGACGAGAAAAAGCUACAGAAAUCUGAGAGACUGUUAUUGUGGAAAUACUACCUCUUGGCUGAAUUCACUUCAUUUCCAGACAACUGGACAAUUGGGGCCAUUUCUCCGAGCAUUGAGGGGUCGUUUUAACAUGGUGAUUAUUCCCACCCCCCUUUCCCUCUCCCUUCACAGGAGUUUCAGAUCUGAACCUUGGGUUACCUUGGAUUGGCGGCACGGGGAGGGAUACAAGGGUUCUGAACCUCUAAACUGUGUUUUCCCCUGCUGUGUUUAGGCUUCCAGCUAUCCAAGUCAUUCUUUGGACAAGGGAAGGCCCCUUUCCUCAGAAACUGCUCCUGGAUUCUUUCCUUUUGGCUUGUUAAUAAUAUUGAUGUCUAACUCAAAUGAGGCCAUGGCUGG